AUGGGUCAAACUGCUUACUUCGACGUUCAAUACCCCGGUGGUCAAGGCCGCAUCAACUUCAACCUGUACGGUGACAAGGUCCCGAAGACUGCUGAGAACUUCCGCGCUCUCUGCACCGGCGAGAAGGGCUUCGGCUACGCUGGCUCCAAGUUCCACCGCGUCAUUCCCCAGUUCAUGCUUCAGGGCGGUGACUUCACCCGUGGCAACGGUACCGGCGGCAAGUCCAUCUACGGUGAGAAAUUCGCCGAUGAGAACUUCUCCCUCAAGCACACCAAGCCUGGUCUCCUCUCCAUGGCUAACGCUGGCCCCAACACCAACGGUUCCCAGUUCUUCAUCACCACCGUUGUCACUAGCUGGCUCGAUGGCAAGCACGUCGUCUUCGGCGAGGUUGCGGACGAUGAGAGCAUGAAGCACGUCAAGGCUAUCGAGGCUCUCGGCUCCAGCAGCGGCAAGCCCCGGGGCGACAUCACCAUCACGAGCGCCGGUGCUUCUUAG